AUGCAGGAGAUGUUUUCAAUGUAUAUUGAAAACCGGUCUCAGAUCUCGUUCAUCGAGUUGUAUGUUGAGUUCGAACAAUCUGAGGCUGACCGGAAUAUUCUACAGGAAGAUUAUAAUAGUGACAGUGAAGAAGAGUUCGAAAGCAACUAUGAAUUUGCUGUUCCAGAUGGUGAUGAAGAUCAAGGUGAGAGAACCAUGUGCCCAGAUGUGACAGAAGUGGCAAAUGCACUUGCAAACGAAGUGCCGUUUGAGGAGCCAUCAUUCAUGCGAGUUUUAGACUUGGAAGCCAUGCAUGUUCCUGAAUUUCCGGAAUAUAUGACUGCAGCAGAAAUUCCUAUGGUCGCAGAUGGUGAAUUCGUUGUUGGGAUGGAGUUCAGUUCCAGGGAAGCUGUUAUUAAGGCGGUUAAGGAGUAUACCAUACGACGAAGUGUAGACUACCGGGUUUAUGAGUCUGAGCCGUUGACAUUUUAUGCCAAGUGUACACAGUAUGGGUCAGGGUGUGAUUGGCUUAUCAGGGUUAGCUUGAUUAGCAGGAAGUACUGUUGGGUUAUCAGAAGGUAUAAUGGUAGCCACACCUGUACCACAGCCACCAUUUCACAGGAUCAUUCAAAACUGGACUCUAUCACAAUUGCAGAAGCAAUAAAGCCACUGGUUGAAGUUGACCCCUCCUUAAAGAUAAAAUCGGUAAUAGCAGAAGUGCAAUCGAAAUUCAACUACACCGUCAGUUACCGAAAAGCAUGGUUGGCUAAGCAGAGGGCUAUAGAAAAAAUAUUUGGAGGUUGGGAAGCAUCGUAUGAAGCCUUGCCUAUAUGGUUUGAGGCCAUGUGUCACAAGGAGCCAUCAGCUGUUGUCCAUUUUGAGACUAUGCCUGCAUAUCAAGGCGAUGACUUGGUGGGUGAUAUUCGGGUACUGCAUCGUGUAUUCUGGAGUUAUUACCCUUGCAUUAGGGCAUUCAGACAUUGUAAACCAAUUGUCCAGGUGGAUGGUACUCAUUUGUACGGAAAGUAUAAGGGUUGUCUGCUUGUGGCAGUUUCCCAGGAUGGAAACAACAAUAUCAUUCCGAUUGCGUUUGCUAUUGUUGAGGGAGAGACUUCUGAUGCAUGGCAUUUUUUCCUAAGUAACCUCCGCCAACAUGUUGUUACUCGGGAUGGAGUGGGUCUAAUAUCUGACAGGCACGAGUCCAUCAAUGCAGCUGUCGAACGAAGAUAUUCGAGGACGGUACGGGAGUACGAAGUGCGUUACCAGCGUUUAAGGGACCGCGGCGAGGCAUACACAAACUGGUUAGACCGAAUUCCUCGUGAACAGUACGCACUGGCCUUUGAUGGGGGGUACCGAUGGGGUCACAUGACGACGAAUCUAGUAGAGUGCAUCAACUCAGUAUUGAAGGGUGCCCGCAAUCUUCCCAUUACUGCUCUUGUGAAGGCAACAUUCUACAGACUAAAUGAGUUGUUCACCCGUAAAAGAGCGGAUGCGGAAGCCCGGAUCAAUGCUGGCCAUGUGUUUUCUGAGAUAGUGACAUCGAAGUUGCAUGCAAACCAACUUGCAUCAGGAAACAUACAGGUUAGUUACUUUGACCGCCAGAAUGAGGUCUUUGAGGUUCGUGAGAUGCCAAGUGGGCUAGAGUUUGUAGUUGAUCUACGUAGCCUUCGAUGUGACUGUGGUGAGUUCCAAGUGGACCGAAUCCCUUGUCGACAUGUAUUUGCAUGUUGUGCCAACCAGCGACUUGAUUGGCGACUUUAUGUUCAUGAUGUGUAUAAGAUGGAGCAAGUGCGGCGGGUGUACCGAGCACGGUUUAGGCCACUGGGUAAUCCCACUACAUGGCCUGCUUACAACGGACCUCGGUUCAUACCGAAUCCAUACAUGCGACGGGUGUCAAAAGGUCGGCCCAGGAUGACGCGUUUUCUGAAUGAGAUGGAUACGAGGAUGUUACGUCGUCCUAGGCGAUGUACUCUAUGUGGUGCUGAGGGACAUAGUCGGAGCAGAUGCCGUCGGUCUGUUGGUUCAAAUACCAACAGAGAAGCCCCCUAG